UGUAGAUAUAGAACGAUACUUAAUUACCUAGUUGAAAUGUAAAAAUUCACAAAGCGAUAGUCUACUUGAAACCUUGUUACAUAAAUUAUAAAUGUAUUUCCAUUGCCUUAAAAAGAAAGGAUUGCAUUCUUAAAGCAAAGAAAUCCUGCUUUACACUGAUAUAAGUUUAACCUGAUCCGAACCAUUUACGCUAUAGCUCCAUCUCUGUUUACCUCUCUAAAUAACGUGUAUAUAAAUCCUACGAUUUCGUAACCAAAUAUUCUUUCAAUCGCACGCGACAAAGUGAGUCAAUAGCAAGCGCAAACAGAAAAAUAUCAAAAAAAAGAAAAAUGCACCGAACAAACAUAUAAGUUGGUGACAAUCAGGGAAGCAUUCCAUUUUUCUUACUCAUCGUAGCAUGUUACUAAGCUUUUGGUCGCCACUAUCCAAUGAGCGUGAGAAACACUGGCACAAUACAUAUGAAGGCGUAUCAUUAUACACGUUGCGUUUGUUUGGAAGCAAUCGCGAGUCGUGACUAACAGACAGUGACGAAUAUUGGACUCCUCGGGAAAGAAACAGUCGAUCGAUGACCGUCUGUUCAAAAAGGUCCGAUCGAACCGUUAUUUGUCGGUGAGUAUCUUUCAAGUGGUGAACGGGUUCCAUUGUGAUAAAAACAGCAACCGAGAUCUCUUACGUUAAGUCUUGGUAUUAGUGGCCCUGAGCGACUUAUACCGCGAGUUCUGUGUGAGUUAAUUACCAAAGUAGUGUACUCGUGGAAUGAGAUACGAAUGGUAUUAAGCGUGGUGUACGUGUGAAUCUGUUGAUCGAUAUCACGAACUCGAUACUUUUGCUCAUUUCACAUUGCACAAACUUCUAUUCUACGCCGUGGUUCCACGCAUAUGUAUGUACGAAUCGCGGUUUUUGUUCCCGGAUCAUGCUUAUAUUACGUAUAAAAUUGCAUUCCCAACAAGACCUAACCUCUUUCUAAGAAAUAUCGCGGCCACUCGGAGCAAAGUUAUCGAUUCGGAGCACGUUGAUUCUGAUCACGUCGGCGAAACAAAACGAACGAACUCGCGAGAACAUCUAUUGGUUUCUCCGGUAUUGAACUGCAAAUUGUAAUUGUCCGAUAACUGUUAUAUCUCCUUUAAGCGGCAAAUGACCUUCAAACGAGUAAAGCUCUUUAAGACCUUUUCUGGUGUGUGAGGUAGUCUGAACCGACAACAUCGAUUAUCUAUAAGUUAUCAGUGAACUUCGUAGAAAAACUGUCGCAACCAAAAUGUCCUCCAAAAUAGUUACAAACGAGAAAGUGAUUUUACGAAAGAAAAAAUGUAAAAUGAAAACAAAUGAAUCGAAUGCGAUAACGUGACAAGCAGCGAUGUAGUAUACAGUGGCGUGGUGGAUAUUUAGAGGAGAAAGUCAUUAUAAGCCGAAGCAAAUAUCGACUGUAAAUAUCGAUCGUAUGUCACCGUGUGUACGAUGUGUCAAUGUGUGAAGUGUGUAUUUGAGGUUAGAUCACCCAUUGAUGGACCACGUGCGGCUAUAUGUGCAUGGCGCGAACUUUAAAAAUGAACAACGAACAUAAAAGAUAAAGGAGGAAGUAAAGGAGAAAAUAAAAUAAAAAACAGAGAAACAGCACGUUCGAACGAAGGAGUGAAAGAAGCAUCGACUACGAAUGGUUUUCUUACGGUUAUCGAAGGAUAUCCAUAGGUAGCAGAUUGAAUCGCUUGUUGCAAGAACAGAUCGAAUAUGCAUGUAAUACCAAAAAGGAAAUGGUUAAAAACAAUGGAAGACUAAAAUUGAACAAUGAUGAAUCAAAACCAUCAAUUAUUGAGCUGUUUCCUUGGAUCCUAGAGUUUAAAAAAAUGUGCAGGUGUAUAUAUACAGAAAAAAGUAUGGCAUCUUUAACAGAACUUAUGCAAUUUUAUGUGAGAAAUGUAAGUGUCAGUGUAAAUGAAUGUUACACAAGGCCUUUAAGAGCAGCAAAAUUAAAGGAUUCUAUUAGUGAGACUUUAAUGUUGUUCUUAUAUAUUUAUCGUGAACUUUCUGAGGAUCAUGAUAGGUUCAGUUAUUUAAAUAAUAUGUCCGACUUAUUAGCUCUCUAUAUAGAUAUGGAACUAAAAGCAUCUAGGAAAAGCAGAGAAAAUCAUGAUAAAAUUUGUGCAAGGAUUACUUCUUGUCUUUAUGUUUAUCUAGAACAUUCCAUGGAACAUUUAUUAGAUACCUUAAUCAAGGUACAACUAAUGUGUUGCAAUUAUCAUCAUAUUUUAGAUCCAAUUAUAACAAAAAUAAUAAAAAAUAUUCCCAUUCACCCAGAAUCAGGUAUUAUGUAUAUUCGUUACUUUUUUAUUUAUCGUUUGUGGAGAAAAAUAAAUGAAAAUGUGGCUGUAAAAGAUCAAAUAACAGCUGCUGCAAUUGCAUCUCUGGGGCCAUUGCCAUCUACAUUCUCAUCAAGUAUAUUAGAAGAUGUAUUGCCAAAAGUGCCAAAGAGUCAACCAAAUUCUACAAAAGCUCUAUUGCAGCAUAAAUUUGAUAUAAAAAAACAUUGUGAAAUGUUUGCACAAUAUUGCAGAAAAAGCAAUGGAAGUGUAUACCAGGACGGAAUUGCAACUCCCAUUGAUUCGUCCAGUAGAAUUAAUUCAAAAAUGUCGGAAGAUGUGGUUAAGAAAGAUGUAGGAUAUGUAUAUAAUAACGUGAAUUCAAUUAUAUCAGAUAAAAGUAAAAAAAAUGAAUCUAUUUCUUUGCUAAAUACUUUUAAAACUUUAAAUUUGGAAGAAGAAACUAGUUUUAAAUGUUUAAGUACUUUUUCGAAUAAUAUUUCUACGGAUCAUGUUAAUUCUAAAACAGUUAAAUCAAAUAAAAAUCGUUUGCGGAGGAAAUGUAAAAAGUCUAAUGAGAUUGUAAUUAUUGAUUUAACUAAUGAUAUAGUGCUCGAGAAAUGUAUAAAGAAACGGAAGCCUAGAAAAUUACUAUGGUUAGAAGAAGCAAAAAAGAAUAUCGAUUUAAAGAUGGUAAAAGCAUCACACAAGAAGAAACGGCAGGAACAUGUCGGGCUUACACAUCCAUCAAAUACCUCACGGAAUAUUAGUCAUCGAUCGGAAGAUUCUUCUCAAUCGUUAUGUGCCACGAAAAGUCUUAGUGAAAAAAAUGAAUCUAAUACAUGCCGAACGGUCGUCCUUAAAAAUGAUGAAAAUAAGAUGGAAAUCGACAAAGAGUUAAUAACUUGUACAGAAAGUAUAAGAAAAUCGAUUGGUACAGAAGUCAAUACUAAAGAAGUAAAUAUUAAAGCGUCUACAAUGAUCAGUAAAACAGUUCUAACCGAGAUACUGCCGCUAACGAAGCAAGUAUCAAAAAUUUCAAACAGCGUUGUUAAUGGUAAUUGUUUAAGUAAUGCAGAUAUUUCGAAUAUACAGAGCGACGAGAAGGAGAAUGAUAGUUUUAAUAAACAAACUGUGAUCAAGCGAUUGACAGAAACAGACGUUUUCUCAGAGCCUGAAACACGCGAAAAAGUUGAAAGUUUUAAAAAAGUCUGUGAUCUAGAAACAGAAUGCCCAGGUGUAAAUAAUACCGCAAUUCGUACUCAGUAUAAUUCCAAAGAUAACGCUGAUAGUUCUAAUCGUUCUAAUUUUAAUGUAAUUAAUGACGAGGUAACUGAAAGGAUAACAUUGUCGGAAAACUUAGAGCUCGAAAAGAAUAAUCAAAAUGUCUCGAGCGACAAAAUGUUAAAUAAUACUUGUUUCAGUGAAAGUGUUUGUAGAUCUGACUACUCUAACAGGACUGUUAAUUCCGAGAUUAGACGCGAGGAAUUAAUUACGCCGCAAAAUAAUGAUAGAAAUGGAACAAUCUAUACUGGAAGAAUCCAGAAAGUCGAAGCAUCUCCUGUUAAAAAUGUAUUAGAUUAUGAGAAGAAGCAAGAAUCAUCAGGUAUACUUGUCGAAAUUUCGACAAUGCAAAAGAAGUUUGAAUCGCGAAUGGAGUCGAAAUCAUCAAAGUGUGCAAACAGAGCGAAAGAUGAAUUCUGCACGCGACCAGAAUUAGAAACCAGUAGUUAUGAUGAAAUAAACGAGAAUAUAAGAGAAAAUAAAUCAAGCAUCGAUAAUAUUAGAGAAUCUAUUUUCGAAUCUUAUUCUACGGAUAAGAAAGAUAUUUCUAAUACAAUUAAUGCAACGUGCCCGAAUGAAAAUAUUGAAAAUAAUGAAAAUUCUUGUAUCGAUACAAACUUUAAGGCGCCUGUAGGGGACAAGUGCGAUAAUAAUAUUGGCAAAUAUGUUAAUAAGCAAGAUGUUCCUUGCAAAUCUGACAAAGUACCAUCAGAAAUCACGUCAAAGGAGUGUAAUAAUUUAUAUAAAGUAACAGAGGGAAAAAAUGUGUGUACUGUUGCCAAAAAUAAAUAUAUCGUUCAAGAUUCUGAAUUACAAGACAAUAUCGAUGGUCUGUCGUUGUUGGCGAGUGUUUCACAGCAUAUACCACAUUUAAAGCCCGAAUCCGACGUAAAAUGCGACCAAAUAAAGGUAAAAGAUUACGCAUCUUUGAGGUAUGCGUGUUACAAUCAAAUCACUGAUGACGAGACUGAUACAAAUGACUCGUCAAAUACCGUUUCCCUAUUACUUGAAAAUCCAUCCGCAGAAAUAAUCAAUAGAAUCGUUGGCAUCUAUCCCGAGGACACCAUAGAUAAAGUCGAGCUUCGAGUAGAAGUAACAUCUAACGAAGCAGAGAGUGGAAACGGUGAUAGCGAGUUGUGUAAAGUCAUUUCUCAUCCGGAAACAAGCAUAAAUUACGACACGGACGCGCUGACGCAUAAUCUCGCCCCCAUUGAGAAUAAUGCGCAAACCGUGAAAGAGAAUACAAACGUAAUACUAAACGGAGAAACCAUAGUCUUGCUGCAAAAGUCUCCUAACAGUAAUCUGUAUAUUAUAAACAAAGCAGUUGAAAAUUCGGAGGAUCAUAUUAGCGACGAGGAGAUCAAUAGGUUAAAAGAGAAAAAUUGGAUAUCUUCAACUGAAGAUUGUGGACAAUUCGAAGCUAUAGCUUCUCUGGACUAUGCAUCGUGUAAUUUGGAAUUAACUUCGUACAACAAGGAAUUAUCGUAUCAAGAGAACAAGUGUUCCGUAGAAGGGAUCAAGGUUGAACCGGAAGAUAAGAAUUUCGCAGACACGAAAGCAUAUUCAAAAAAAGCACCGCUAUCGACUGACAUGCUUCCUGUCAACUCGCAAAUGUAUCAGGAGGUAAACUUAAUGAGCAAAUCGAUGGAUAAGCGGAAAUCAAAAUCGAAUCUCGCCUUCCGACAAAAUAUCAAGCAAGAGUUCAAUAUCUCUAAUCACAUCGCGCCGAACUGCGCGAUCCCGGGAUUCAAUGCAAUUCACUCACAUCCACACGAAGUUAAUGCUCAACAUCCCUUACAUAUAUCUGCCACUCAUCCAACUACCUUACCACCGAUCUAUGGAAAUUGUGCAGGCAAUGGGGAAUUAUGCGUACCAUAUCAUAAACAUUGCACCUCAGUAUCGUGUAGUUUGCAAAUUAAUGCUAACACUUCCCUUCAUUCGCACGCGAAAUCGGGUAGUUCAUGUGGAAGAUCGCAUUGCUCCUGUUUAAAUUGCACCUACGAUAUCGUCGCGCAUUGCAGACAAUGUAUACACCCAGCGACGGAUACCCACGUGUCUUGUAUCGAAAGUAGUCCGUAUUUUUUGCCAACGCAUUCGUCAGUACAAAGCCCUGCCGUCCAAGAGCAUGACAGAGCAAAGAAUGAAGUCGUUAUAGAAAAAUUAUACGACGAUCAAUUAUUGUGUAAAAUAGAGAACAACCUUUUGCAAAAUAAGUCAUUGGAAAAACUGGGAGUACAGUGCGAUUCAGAGAAAGGAGCGUUUAAAAAAGAUGCGGAGAAUAAGUUGCCUUUGAAGAAAAGGCUGAAGGCGCAUGCUAUGGCAUAUACGGGGACAGCUAUAAAAACUGAAAAAAUAGACAAUUAUCCAGCUAUGCCUAUGAUGUCUAUAGCUGCUUUAGAAGCGUUGGACAAUACACGGAAGAGGUCUGAUCAAAUCGUUAAAUCCGAAUACGAACUGUCUCUUACGAAAAAGCAGGAACUGCAUGGUGACUAUCACUGCAAUUCACAUUUGAUAAGGAGAAAUUAUUACAAAGAUGUACAGGAUACCGAGUCACAUCAGAAUCUCGCGAACGAAAAUGCAAGGAAGAUCGAAUGUCAAUUUCGAUCGACAAAUGAUCAAACUAGUAAUACUAUAUAUCAAGAAUCUUGCCUUCAGAGGACAGUUAAAACAUUCGCGCAACAGGAAGAGGUGAAUCUAUUAGACGUGACGUCGAUAAAGCGAUUUGAGAUAGAAACGAUAGAGCAAGAAGGAACGUAUAAAAGGGUAAAGAAAACACAGUCGCCUCUACGGCAAACAAGAAGCUCAAAAAGAAACGUUCCUAAAGUAAAUUAUUCUUACACCGAUGUUGAUCCAGAGUGGAAUCCGUCCGGUGAGUCAAAACGCAAACGUAAAAAGACUAGUCGAUGAUCGAUACCACCUCAUUAUGGAAAUUCAUUACUGUAAGAAAUUUUUCUGAGAUUUAAAUAAUUAAGUGUACAUUACUCCUAUAAGACUGUGGCAUCAUAAACUUGUAAAUAUUGUAUAGAUGAGAAGAUAAAUUAUCCUGGGAAGAUAUUUACAUACCGAUGAAGUGUAUAGUACAAUGCUCGAAGAUCAAGAUGUUAGCGUAAUUUUUUUAAAUUUUUAAGCAGCAUCAUGGAAGAUAUUUACAUUUUGCAGAUUGUACGUAUAUUUUGUCGGACAUAGACAGUUCCAUACUAAAACAAUAGAAAAUUCUUUAGUGUUCGUAAUUUACUGUGUAUAAAACUGUGCAGUAUUAUACUUCAUUUUAUCAGACUACUAGUUAAUUUUGAUAUAGUUCUCCUGAUUUUAAUUAAAUUCGCUAUUAUUUGUAAUCAUUUAGAGCAAAAUUUCGUCAUUUAUAACGUAAUUAAAAUCUUUUAUAUGAAUCGGAUAAAAAUUACUUUUGUAUAUAAUUUUGUAAAUAUAUUAUAAUCCAAAAUAAUUGUAUGCAAAUUUUACGAUUUUAUAACUCGUAUAUAGAAGGUAAGAUAAUUUACGUUAACAAAUAAUUUUGAAUACAUUCUGCUAAGCUACAUGAAACACCAUGAUGUGGUACAAACAACUCGAUAUUUUUAUAUAAACUAAUAAAAGAUAUUCUUUAUCAGCUUUAAAAUUAAAUUUUCUGCGAGAUUGCAUGCAUGUAUGUAUUCACAGCAUAAAACUUUAUGUAGCAAAGUAUGAAUUACCGCAGUGCAUAAAACUACUACUAACUUUAAUCUCUUUGACAUUGUAAAACAUUAGAUUUUAUAUUUUUCAGUUUGAUGGAACAAAAUUAUUUAAAUUCAGAAAAAUGAGAAAAGCUGGCUCAUGACAACAUUAUAGUUUAAAAGAAUUUGGAUAGGUAAGAUUAAAAAUCAAAUAACAUAAUAAAAUAUAUGUAUAUUUAAAUAUAUUCUCCUUUCUAGCCCGUAUAAAAAAAGUUGCAUGUUAAAUAAGAAGAUAUUUUACUAUAGAAGUUUAACAUUUUCUAUUCCAGAUUAAUUAUUUCCUCCAGAUUAAUAUUGACAAAUUUCAAGCACUGCUUAAUUCGCAAAAUGUGAUGUCAAUAAAUUUGCCAAAUAACAUAGAAAUAACAGUACCGUCAUACAAAAAUAGAACAGGAAAAAUGAACUUCCUUCAAUUUUUUAACCUGUCCUUUUAAUACAUAUAGCAGCAUUAUUUGUUAUAGAUAUACUCUUAGAGAUCACAAUGCAAGUAACAUAGCUAGUCAUCACUUUUUAAUUAUGAUUUAAAACUUAUUUAGUUUACGUGUUACUAAAAUAAAACACGAGAAAGUAAUAUGUAUUCAAAAAUUUCAGGUUAAAAUCGAAAACAUCACGUAAAAUUAAAAAAAUGUACUUAGACUUUGUAUACUUACCAAAACGAUAGAGCUUUGUUACAUGAAACGUCAUUCAAUACGAUACUCGAAUUUAUAGCGCCUUUACAUAAUUUAUGCUUUAAAAAUUUAACAUAUAUUUUAAGAAAUUAUUCGAUUAUUUUUCUCAAAUGUUUGGAUAAAGUACAUAUAUCUCGCUGUACAAAUUCUAGAUUUAAAAAGAAGGAAAUGUAACUUUUGGAAGUUAAACUUUAAAGAGAUUAAAGAAUUCUAAUAGUUAAUUUACUUUUAGUCGAUCAUUAUUUCUCAUUUAUAUAUAACACAUAUAUUCACUCGUUUGAAAAUACAAGGUUAUUUGCAUAGUUCAGUGCCAUAUUCUUAUGUUUGAUAUCUGUGAUUAUUAGCUGACUAAUGCUAAAUUAGUAACAUGUUUUAUUGUGCAAAAAAUGUAAUUUGAUUGAAUACUUGAAAACUAUCCGUGAAAUUUAUAAUUAAUCUGAAUUUGAUAUUUAUAAACAUUUGUACAUAGAGAAAUAAUCAUAAUCAAGACAAACCACUUUGCAAUCCAAUUUUUUCGUACAAACAAUACGAAAUUUCGUUUCGAUUACAGAAAUUAUAUAGGUAAUAAUAACUUUUACGAUGUAUAAAGAAAAGACAUGCGAUAUUAAUGCAGCAGACAAACGUUUGUUAUUCCUUCUUUAUCGUUACCAUUUAUUUUUUCAAAAAGAAAAGUCUGAUAGGUUUAAGUUAACGUAACAUAAUUCGAUAUUAAUUAUUAAAAUCGCGAUUAAAUGAUUGCCAAAUGUUUCUAUUUAUGCACAUGACCAUAUGGAUAGUUUGUUACUAAGAAAAUUAUCCUAAGCGCCAAGCAUUUAUUAGCAAAAGUCUGAUAUCCUAAAAUAUAAUUUAGAGUAGUAACAUCGCAUCAAAUGCCUCAUUCAUUCGUGUUCAUAAAAAAAAAAAAAAAAUUGAGUACUGUGUAUGUGUAGAACAUUAUG